AUGUCUAGUCAACAACCACAACACAGCCAUGGACAACAUGGGCACGGUCAUGGUCAUGGUCAUGGACAUGGUCAUGGACAACACAGUCAUCAGCACCAACAUUCAGCUGGAUCGCAUGGUAGUCAUGGAUCAAGCGGCUCUGCUGGUUCACACGGUGAUCAUGCGAAGCAUGCUGGACAUAGCAAUAGUCAUGCACAUCAUAACGGACCAGGAGUAUAUGGCAGUCAAGAAACAAAACCAGUUGAACCAGUAGAACAUGCUCCUGGUCCUUAUGGCGGACCAGGAAAUAUGCCAUACGGUGCACCUCAAGGAUUCGGUGGUCCAUAUGGACCUGGUUCGUAUGGUCCACCCACUGGUGCUCUAUAUGGUGCACCAAGACCAGGUCCAUACGGUGCACCCAUGCCUGGUCCGUAUAGCGUACCUGCUGGAUCUCCGUUCGGUGUUCCUAUGCCUGGGCCAUAUGUUGGAGCCGGAGGCAUGCCAUAUGGUGCGCCUAUGCCUAGUCCAUAUGGUAUACCUGGAGCUAUGCCUUACGGUGCACGCAUGCCGACACCCUAUGGUGCACCAGUUGCGUUCGCUGCUAAUCCGUACGGUGGCUAUCCAGGAUAUGGUGGUUCACAUUGA